UUAUGGGUUGAUUGAUACCCAUAAAGCUAAGAUCGAGAUCUCUCUCUCUCUCAUAAGCCGUUGACGGUUUCUCUCUGUGAAUCAGUUCUAGCUCACAAGUUUGAUUCGAUCUGAGCUAGGUUCGCUUAAGUUGGUGGCUACUUGAAAUUGAGGACCAGGGCAUUUUGGGAGGUUGAAUAACUAACUAGGAACAUGUCUUCAAGUAAGAAAGAAGAGACAGGUACUCAGGAUGCUACAGAAAGAAUUAAGGCUGCUGCCUUGUCAGCAGCAAAAGGUCUUAGCCGGGCUCAGGCUGAAAGGGCAGCUGCAGCUGCAGUUCGAAAUGUGAAUGCAUAUGGGCAGAAGGAAGAAGGGCCCAGUAGAUGGCAGGAGAGAAAAGAAGCAAAGAGGCAGAUGUAUCUGAUGAGUACUGAGAAACAAGUAAGAUUGGGUGAAAGGAAGGACCUCAAGUCCUCAAUGUCUACCAUUAAAACAGCUUCACAAUGUCAGAAGUGCUUCCAAAGUGGACACUGGACAUACGAGUGCAAGAAUGAAAGGGUUUAUAUUGCACGGCCUUCUCGUAGCCAGCAACUGAAAAACCCGAAAUUGAGGAUGGAGUUUAAGAUCUCCUACGAUGGUAACCCUGAUAUUGAAAAGGAGGCAAAAGUUGAGAAACGUACAAAGAAAAGUAAAAGGAAGCAUAAGUCAGAUACUGAAUCUGAUAGUGACAGUGAAGCUUCAGUGUUUGAGUCUGACAGUGGCACGUCAUCGGUCACGGGAUCAGAUAACUCUUCUGGGGAAAGUGACUCGAGUUAUAGUUCAUCUGAUUCAGAGGAGGAGAGGAGGAGGAGGAAGAAGAAGAAACAGAAGAAGCAAAGGACGAGGCGGCAUAGAAGAUACAGCUCAACAUCUGAGUCUUCUGAUUCCUAUUCUGAGUCUGAAUCUGAUUCUGAGGAUAGGAGGAGCAGCCGGAAGAAGAGUAAGAGGCAUAGCAGAAGGCACUAAAGAAGCGUAUGGAGCAACUUGUGGUACAAUAUCUGUUUUCUCAUAAUCUGGCAUUUUAUGGUUAAGUUUAUGGAGCGUGUGAUGUGGAAGUUUCUAGUACGAAGGCAAUGGACACUUGAGAAAAUGGUCUUUUAAAUAAGUGUAGUAGAUGCUUAAUAUUUGAAUUUUUCCAAUAUGCAGUUGUAUUUCAGCAACUAUAAUUUUGCUGUUAAAAUUUGAGAUCUUGAAUAGUUGGUACUUUUUGUUAUACCUGUUUAGUUAUUUUUUUGCUACUUGUGCAAGUAAUGUUUAACACUGCUCACGGUUGAUCUUUGCCGUGACAUGGUAUCACCGUUGCAUUCAAUAUUUUCUC